GAGUUUUGUAGUCCAGCUGCGUUGCUGUGUACGGCCAAGCCUUUGACGGGGAAGCGGUGUUUGCAACAAAUACUUGAAAUACUGUACAGAACAUGAUGGCUUCUAUGCUGCUGAAGUCAUUGCAGAGCUCCCCUGUCAGCCCCUCGUGGGCUGUGCGUUUUGCCGCACGAUCCCUUAGCACGACAACUCAGCUACAGACUCAAGCUCAGACAAAAAUCAAGAAGACACUGGCCCGUCCUGGCGUGAAGAACAUAGUACUGGUCGAAGGAGUACGAACCCCCUUCCUAUUGUCUGGAACUACCUAUGCUGACCUGAUGCCUCAUGACUUGGCCAGAGCAGCUCUACAAGGUCUUCUGCACAAAACAGGCCUACCUAAAGAUGCUGUGGACUACAUCAUCUAUGGAACAGUCAUUCAGGAGGUUAAGACAAGCAAUGUAGCAAGAGAGGCAGCGCUGGGUGCAGGCUUCUCUGACAAGAUCCCUGCUCACACAGUCACUAUGGCCUGCAUCUCCUCCAACCAGGCCAUGACCUCAGCCGUUGGCCUUAUUGCUGCCGGCCAGUGUGAUGCCGUCGUGGCAGGUGGGGUCGAGUUCAUGUCUGACGUUCCUAUCCGUCACAGCCGCAAGAUGAGGAAGACUAUGCUUUCACUCAACAAGGCAAAGACCCUCGGCCAGAGGCUCAGUUUGAUUGGGAGCAUCAGGUUGGCACACCUCUCACCAGAACUUCCAGCUGUAGCCGAGUUCUCCACAGCCGAAACAAUGGGCCACAGUGCUGACCGCCUGGCUGCUGCAUUUGGGGUUUCCAGAGUGGAGCAGGAUGAGUUUGCUCUGCGAUCGCACAGUUUUGCUAAAAAGGCCCAGGAAGCAGGUUUGCUGCAGGAUGUCAUCUCCUUUAAAGUGCCAGGCCGUGAUAUUGUUUCCAAGGACAACGGCAUCCGUCCAUCCUCCAAGGAGCAGAUGGCCAAACUGAAACCAGCCUUUGUUAAACCUCACGGCACUGUCACUGCCGCCAACUCCUCCUUCUUGACUGACGGUGCCUCUGCUGUGCUCAUCAUGUCUGAAGAGAAAGCUCUGGCAAUGGGCUACAAGCCUAAAGCCUACCUGAGAGACUUUGUCUACGUGUCCCAGGACCCCAAAGAUCAGCUGCUUCUGGGGCCAACGUAUGCUACACCCAAAGCCUUAGAACGUGCUGGCUUGACCAUGAAUGACAUUGACGUGUUUGAGUUCCAUGAGGCGUUUGCGGGUCAGAUUAUGGCAAAUCUGAAGGCUAUGGACUCUGAUUGGUUUGCCCAGACAUACAUGGGCAGAAAAUCAAAAGUGGGUACUCCCCCCAUGGAGAAGUUCAAUAACUGGGGAGGCUCUCUGUCCUUGGGUCAUCCAUUCGGUGCCACUGGUUGCAGACUGGUCACCAUGGUUGCACACAGACUGCAGAAAGAAGGAGGACAGUAUGGACUUGUCGCAGCAUGUGCUGCUGGAGGACAGGGUCACGCCAUGGUGAUUGAAGCCUACCCCAAGUAAAGCUUGUGAUGAAACUGAUGAUGUUGGUUAGCGAUGGAAAUUUACAAGACCGACAAACACUCAUACACGUACAGUACUUACAGCCCGAUUGUAUAUAUUUGCACCGCUUUGCCUUGAUUAGACAGGAGUCAAUCUAGAGUGCAUGUCAGCCUUGUGAAAAAUGGCUGUUAAUCUAUAGCAGUGAAAUGUUGAGGAAUGUCACCUGUUGGUUUUAGGGAAUGGCAGGGGCAUGGUGUCAGCACUUUCUCUGAUGUAUCAUGACAAAGUUAAAGCCUUCAGAUGAGCAAAGGUUAUGGCAUUCUUUAUACUGUUAGAAUGUUGUUUCUUACAAACUGUUGGAAUUAAAUGAUGUGAUGAUAC